AUGGGCAGCGACCACCUCCUCUCCUCGCCUCCCUCCCACAAGUCUCCCCACAGCCCCAACCUGGCUGCAUGCCCCGCUGGAGGCUCAAUUCUUCUGGCUGGCCCCAGUACGUGGCUGCGCUUCUCCCCUCACUGGACAGCCAACAUCUUCCCCUGGAUGAAGCCGCAACAACCAUUGCUGGGGUGCUGUCCGAGGCUGGCACAGCUGCCUUCCCACUCAUCACCCGUCGUCGUCCACGCCGCCCUGGGAAGCCCUGGUGGGAUGCAGCCUGUGCGCAGGCAGUACAGGACCGUCGCCAGGCUUGGAAUCAGUGGCGUGGGACCCCACUAUCCAGGCUGGCCGUGCUUACCGCCGCCUGGACGCCAUCUGUGCCAAGACCAUCCUCAAGCUCUCCCAUCCCUUGCUCAACCAUUCAAGCCUCAUGAACUCUCCUCAGCCUUAGCUACAUUAAAACCCGGUAAGGCGCCAGGCCUUGAUAAAGUCCCAUACGACUUCAUCCGCCACCUCACCCCACCCCUACGUGCCUGCCUCCUUCAACUAUACAACAGCAGCUGGCAAUCGGGGCAGUUUCCAUCCACCUGGAAACCCGCCAUCCUCAUCCCCAUCCACAAGCCUGGAAAGGACCCUACACUCCCUUCAGCAUACAGGCCCAUCAGCCUCCUCUCCUGCAUCGGGAAGCUGCUGGAGAGGUUAGUCAACACCCGCCUCACCUGGUGGUUAGAAGCUAACAACAAGCUAGCAGAGGAGCAAUGUGGCUUCCGCCCUCACCGGAGUACCCUGGAUGUGCUGGGGCAAAUUGAGUAUCACAUCUGUGACACUUACCGCCAGCGUCAAGUCAUGACGGCCCUCUUCCUUGACCUGGAGGGAGCAUUUGAUUCGGCACCACAUGAGGGCAUCCUGUACAAGCUGGCACUCAUGGGCAUCACUGGCACCACCCUUGCCUGGUCGAGCACCCACACUCUCCGAGGCUCAGGACCACCUGCAGGAGGCUGCCACCGCCUUGGGUGCAUGGAUGACAACCUGGGGGCUACAAGUCAGUGCCUCAAAGAGCUCUCUCAUGUGUUUUACCAUGAAAAGCUUCCAACUCCACCUACCGUCAACUUAAGUGGGGAGGCUGUUCCAUACUCAACCUCACACACCCUCCUCGGACUGCGGCUGGAUGGCCCUCGCCUCUCCUGGGUAAAUCACAUCAGUUAUCUCCGCACCUCCUGCAACAAACGCCUGGAUGUGAUGAAGCGAAUAGCUGGCAUCCGCUGGGGAGCCAGUCGUGACCUGCUCCUCCACUACUAUAAGACCACCAUCAGGGCCAAAAUGCAGUAUGCCAGCUGCUUCUAUGGGUCAGCUGCCUACUCCAACCUCCUCAAGCUUGACCCCAUUCAGAACGCUGCCUUGAGGAUCUCUAUGGGGCCAUGA